UACUCUCCGCCCUCUCAAGCCUCUGCUUAACGGACUCUCAGUCUCUUUCUACGUCUUUAUCUUAUCUUCCUAGGGCCCGGUACCGUUUAAUUUCUCCCUCCGCUGUUCUCCGCUUCCGGCCGUUGAACUACAGCUGCGUUACCACCUCACCGGCGAAGAAGCCUCUACACCGACGUCCUUUAUUUCCUUCAAUACUCUCCAUUGCAGAGGUACAGAAAAGUGUUGAUUUAUUAGUAUCAUCUGUAUUCAAAGAACAGUUCAGAUGAUGGUCUAUCCAGUUUGUUCAGUUCUCUUACAAGAUUGUUUGAAGGACUUCACUCGAUUGGCAUUCUGGAGAUUGUCUAUUUAUCCAUCCAGCUACCAUGUACCAAACCCUGUUUUAUUGCCGACUUUGGGUUAUGUGGUGGAGUACACAAACUUCGAAGCAAAUAUUGUUCGGUCAAAUUGUCAAACAUCAGUUAUGAAGAGAGUAUGUCCCUCAUUUGAUUCUUUCAAUUCCUUAUCAAGAGCUCACCAUCCUGGAGCAUUGGAAAUCAGAGUUAAUGUUGAAGAGGCAUCAAAUUAUUUCCAUUUUAAACUUAGUCAGGAUUCAGCUGAGAUUGAAACUUUGAAUGAGGAGGUUCUGCUUGACAAUUACCCUGACUGUUCCAAAAAUCCCAGUGGCAAUAAGGAGAGGCAAAAAAGCAGAAAGAGAACACAUGGUAAUAAGGGGAAGGUACCUUGGAACAGAGGCAGAAAACAUACUGCAGAGACACGUGCACUUAUCAAGCAGAGAACAAUAGGGGCCUUGAGAGAUCCCCAGGUUAGAAAGAAAAUGUCUGAGCAUCCUCAUUCCCAUAGUGAUGAGAUCAAAUUAAAAAUAGGUUCUUCACUUAGACGGAUUUGGGCCAAGCGUUUGAAAUGGAAAAGGCUAAGAGAGAAGUUCUUCCUGUCAUGGAGUAAAAGCAUAGCAGAAGCAGCUCGGAAAGGAGGGAUUGACCAACAAGAGCUAGAUUGGGAUAGCUAUGACAAGAUAAAAGAAGAAGUAACCCUAAAACAGCUUCAGCGUGCCAAAGACAAGGAAAAGGCAAAGGAGCUUGCAAAGAUAACAGCUGAGAGAGCAGCACAGGCAAAAGCAGAAAAGAUAGCAAAGUUUGCUCAGAAGAGAAAAGAGCGAGAAGAGAAAGCAAAAGCAAGAGAAGCAAAGAAAAAGGCUUCCAGAAGAUCAAAGAAAAAAGCACGUAAGCUGUCAUUUGUCCAGGAGUUGACACUUAAACAGAGAUUAACAAAGAUUCGCAAAAAGAAAUCCAUAAAUAGUCAGGUGAUUACCCAAGGGGAGCUAUCAGUUUCUCAUAGUCCAGCUUGGAAGAAAUUGGAUGUGGAACUUAUGAAGAAAGGAAAAGUUCAAAAAGAAGUCUCACUUGCAGAUCAGAUCCAAGCUGCCAAAAACAAAAGAACUGAACCCAUGGACAGGGAAGCAUUGGAAGAAUCAUCUACUGAUCAUUUAUUCACAUGAAGUCCUGAGUUUCAUUAUCCAUGGCAACAUAAAAAAUGACAAGUAUUGAGGGAAAGGUAAAACCAGGCCAGUUGGGCAACACCCCUAUUUUGAAAUCAGAUUCGAAGUGCCAAUAAAGUUCACUAACCAUUUUAGAAAAUAUUUCAAGAAACAAAUUUUCAGCAGUUUCAUCUGAUCUGAUCACCAAAUGCCUGCAGGGGUGAAUUAUUGAACAAGUGCGAGACAUUGCAGGGAGAGUGGUGGUUUGGAGAUGAUUGAAUUGUUGUAUACAGUCAAGUUAGUACCAUGCAACUUGGUCCCUGGUUAAAAUUUUUUUUCUUUCAAGUUGUGUAAUACCUUUGCUCUGCUUCGUCUUAGGCUCGAUAGAUGUUCUUCAAGCUGUUUAGUGUGCAACACCUUUUCCUGGAAAUUUUUACAUGUUCACUUGCUAGGCAAAUGUUGAAGACCCUGAAAAUGAAUGUAAAUUGGAGCGCUCUGAAGGCAAGGACAAUAGAAGCUGUGGAAUUUGGGAGAUUAUUAUAUGCUUUCAGUGCGGUAGAAAUAAUGCUCCUUCCAUAAAAAUGGACCUUUCCUAAAUCAUAGAAGAUGAACUUAAAUAUGUGAAUUCAUCUAUCCUGACAUGGCUUCUUCUGCAUGUACUUUUUUAUUUACUUUGAAGAGCAACAGUAAUAGUGUUUGGUGGGGAGGAAACUUUGAUAUAGGAAGGAAAGAGGAGUUGGAGACCAACAAUGGAUUUGCAAACUCUCAUCUCGCAACUCAUUGUUUUUCUUAUUUUAAUUAAUAGUAGUUUUCAUUUUAAGUUUAAAGAAUAAGAUAAGCUUUUGAUUGCAGG